CCAGCUUAAAGCUUUCCCUUCCCCCGAAAGCAGCUAGCCCUCCCGUCCGCCUUCCUGCCUGCCCAGCCCAGCGUCGGGUACCCUCCCUCCCUCCUCCCCCUGUCGAGGGGCGCUCCACGAUGACGUCCGUCACGCGCUUCCCCUCCUCAUUUUUCCUCCCCGCCCUCGCCCUCGGCUGCCUGGCCCUCCUCGCCUCCCUCUCUCUUGCCGACAAGCCCCCUGCCAACCUCAGGGAGCUCACCUUUGGCCACGACAAGAAGGCUGACCAGAAGCCGCCACAGGAGCACAACGGCAAGGACAAGGAGCAGAACCAGGAGGAGAAGCCGGAGGAGCCGAAGCCGGAGGCGCCGCCCAAGGCCGAUGACGACAGCGAGGCCAACGGCGGGUGCUUCAGCGCGGUGGAGACACCACAGUUUGAGGUGGCCGAGUGCUCCGAGGCCGACCGUCAGUUCACCGUGAGCAAACCCGACGACUACAAGAGCGGCGAGGACGCCAUCGAGGGCUCCCUCCGCGAGCAGCUCGACAAGGUCAGCAAGGCCGAGGGCAAGGGUCUCUUCUGUGUCUGCCUCGACUUUGCCGGGGACGCCACGAUCAAGGCGCUCGAGAAGUUCGAGCUCAACGUCGACGACAAGGAGGUCAUCCUCAGGACACCGGGCGGCUCCAAGGCAGCCGUCACGGUGAGCGCGGCUGAGAUCACCGACGGCGCGGCCUUCGAGAUCACCGUCACCAACAAUGGCGUCCUCACCUUCGGAGGGUACGCACGCUCACAUCUCACGACACACACAGGGGAAGGGACGGAGGGAGGGAGGGAGGGUGAGGUUGUGACGCCGUGCUCACUGUUGUGCUGUGUGUGUCUUGUCUGGUGUGGUGUGGUCUGGUGUGGUGUGGCGGUGUGCAGGUUCACUGUUGCUGACAAGGACGGCCUGGAGGCCUCAGCGCUCGCCGUGGAGGGCGACGGUCUCUUCCAGACCUACGGCAUGAGGUUCACGGGCAACCGCGCCAUCCGGGGCGGCUCCAUCUCCCUCAUCGAGACCGGCUACCUCGACUACGGCAGCACCUUCAGCAACAACGAGGUCACCACCGUGGGUGCGGCCAUCUACGCCCAGUCGGUCGACAAGAUGGCCAUGGAGGGCUCCACCCUCACCGACAACAGGGCCGGUGGCUCGGGUGGCGGCAUCUACGUCUUCAACACAAAGUAUGAGCUGGUCAACACCAAGUUCGUCAAGAACAUCGCUGGGGGCAAGGGCGGCGCCAUGGCCGACUUCUCCUCGGGCACCUCGCAGAUCGGACAGCCGGGCUACCUCAAGGACGUCACCGUUGCCGACAACGAAGGUACGUGGGUGGUGGGGUGGCUAGGGACACAACAACACACCAUGCUCAUGCCUCGUGUGUGUGUGUGUGUGUGGUGUGGUUGUCUUGUCUGUGUGCAGGUGGUGGUGUGUACAAGUUCGGUGGCGCCAAGCAGCUGACUGUCAACAGCACCACGUUCAGCAACAACAAGGCCAACGACGGUGACGGCACCGGCGCACUCGUCGUCGAGGGCGGCGCCAGCCAGCUCACAAAGGCCCUCCAGGUCGUGCUCAGCACCUUCGCCGGCAACGAGGGAGGCGCCAUCAAAAGUACACACCACACCCCACACGAACCGAUGCACGCACACACACCUGCCUGGAUGCCUGUUUCUGCUUGCCUUGUGUGUGUGUGUGUGUGUGGUGUGUAUCAGCCAUCCGGACCACUGCGUCAGUGAUAGCGUCGACCAUCACCAACAACGAGGGGCCCGCCGUGUCCGCCGAGGCAGGAGAGAUAGUCCUCGAGAGCACGUGAGAACAGCACACCCAACACACACACACCAGCCCCCCACUAGUGGCCAUCUCAUUCGCCCGUGUGUGUGUGUGUGUGUGUCCUCUCCCUCCUCUCCCUCUCUGCCUGCCUGCCUGCCUGCCUGCCUGUGUGCCUUCCUUCAGGAUCAACAUAGACAACAUUGACAACAUGGACUGUGCGGUCAACAGCUCGAGCACCAUCAGCAUGUUCGGCGUCAACAUGUUCCGCGCCAACGGCAACUGCGAGGACAACGGGUUCAACAACGUCGUCCUCGGCGACAAGGACAAGGCCUGCCUCGGCGACCUCUCCGACAUGGAGGGCGUCUCCGUCCAGGUCGUCCCUCUCGACACCUGCUCACCCGCCAUCAACGCCGGAGACGUCAUCCCUCUCGAGGAGCUCCCAUUGGACGUCGCGGGCCAGGUCAGGGGCGGCAGCCCCGAUAUCGGUGCCGUCGAGUCCGACAAGGAGGACGACAGCCCCAAGCAGAAGCGCGACGACAAGGGCAAGGGCAAGCCAAAGCAGGAGCCAAAGGAGGAUGACGAGAAGCCCGAAGACGAGCAGCCAGAAGAGGACGAGCAGCCCAAGGAGAACGAUGACGGCGAGAAGAAGUCACCGCCCAAGAAGCGUGACGACGACAAGAAGCCCAGCGACGAGGGCGACGAGCCCGAGUGCGAUGUCCCCAAGUGCGGCAAGCCGCCUGUGGAUGAUGAGGAUGAGGAGGACGAGCUGCCCAGUGAGGAACCCGACUUGCGUGAUCCCGACGACGACGAGGAGGACACCGGGGUGAGUAGUGAGACAACACGGGCGGGUUGUGGCCAGGGUUGCGUGUGCCAUGCUGGAUGGGUGUCUUCACACCUCACUGACACGCCUUUCUGGCUGGCUCUCUGCCUAUUGUGUUUUGUGUGUGCAGCCCAAAAAAACCACCACCACCACUACCAAGAAGCCCCCCAAAACCACCACCACCACCACUACCAAGAAGCCCCCAACCACCACCACCACCACCACCACCACCAAGGCGCCACCAACGGAGCCACCAAAGAAGUGCGCGGCGUACAUUGGCAUAGAGUACGGCAAGAAGGGCACAUUCAAGGCCAAGGAGCUCUUCCCCGCCCUCGUGGGCAAGACUCUCGUCAAGUGCAAAAUCACCGGAGGAUACUUCCCGUAAGACAACAGACACAAGACACACCGGACAGACAGACAAGACAAUCACCGCACACGCCCAUCCUCUCUCCCCCUUCCCCCUCUCUCUGUUGUGUGGUUGGUUGGUGUGCGCAGGACUGAGAGACGUGAGCUGACCUACGGCUCGUACAAGCACUACAAGCACGGCGGCCACUUCCUGUCGCGCGGCUACCACAAGAACAACUACUACUACAGCCAACCGGCCGCCCCCGCCCCCAGCUACAAGUCUCUCUCCGUGACGUGUGGCGGCGAGUACGUGAGCUGGGACUGCGCCGACUACAAGAGCACCUACGUGUUCGUGCUGACCUACCAUUACUACAUGGGGGAGCGGCUGAGGCAGCUCACGUGGGGCUAUGGCAGCCAUGGGUACCAUUACAAGAAGCAUCGCAAGCACGGCUACAGGAACAAGCACUACUACAAGAAGCACCACGGGUGGCACUACAAGCCCCACUAUGGUGGCGGCUACUACUACCCACCCACACCCAGCUACCCCACCUACUCGGAGGACUGCCACGUCACCGUUGCUUGCGCCUGAGGUGGUCGAUGGGAUGGGGCGAGGGAGGGGGGCGGGGGCGGGGCGGGGCUGAGUGUACAUAGCGUGUAGUUGAUGGACGUGAUGGACCGGGUGGGCUGGGCGGGGCCUCUGUGUCUGUGGUUCCUUUCCUUUCCUUUGCUUUUCCUGUUUUUCUUUUUGUUUCCUUCACCAUCUCAACUGGUUUGUCUGCGUAGACACCACUCGCCUGCGCCUGCCUGCCUCCCUGCCUCCCUGCCUGGUGUGCCUGUCUGGUGUGCCUGCCUGUCUGUCUGGGUCGGUGCGUUGCGGUGCGGCAUGUGAUGUUGCGUGGGUGUGGGUGUGGGCGGUGGGGGCGCUUGUCGAAAAGACAAUAGACGCCGAGUGCGUACCUAAAGUGUAGAGUGCAUACGUAGCCAGCAAAGAAAGAAACAAGUAGAGCAGCUAGACGGAUGGAUGGAUGGAUCAUCGCACAGAACAUGCGUGUCGUUGCGUGGGGGUGGUGUUUAUAUGCGUUGUCUAUAUCCAUGCAGUCAGUCAGUCAGUAUGUGUGUGCAGCACAUUCAUUGUGUGUAGUCGGCCGGCCGUCAAUUGCAUGUCUUGGACUGAACGUCUCUCUGCCUGCCAGUGAGUGGGUGUUGUUAAACGACAUUCACAAACCUGCCUGCUGCCAUUUUGUAAUUCGCUCACUUGCUCCCACUCACUUUCACUCACUUUCUGGAUCGUCGAGCGGCGCGAAACAAACGAAGAAAAGGUCUCUGUCUUUGUUUCAGUGUCUCGUGUGUGCGAUGCCUGCGCGUUCCUUUUGUCCAGCCAGGGCAGGCCUUUGGGAACAGAAAGGAGGAGAAGAAAGACCUGUCGCCUCUCUUGCGUCGUCUUGCAUACAUACCUCCAUGGCACAUUGCGGCGGUGUGGUGUGGCGUGGCGUGGUGUGGUAUAUUUGGUUCUUUUCGUUUCCUUCUCGUUCGAACAUGCUUUUGUUUUCUCUCUCGCUGCUCGCCUGCCUGUCUGCCUGUCUGCCUGCCACUCGGGCCGGUGGCUGCCCUGCCCGUCUUGUGCGCCUCGCACGUUUAUGUACGUCCAUCAAGUCAUUAUUCAAUAAUAAUGCACACACGCACUGCAACCUACCUACGAAAGGUGUAGCAACGCGAAAGCGACACAAACCAGCCAAUCGGGAAGGGAUGGCGUGGCGUUGUUUUUUGGCAUGUGUGUACUUCGGUGGUGUGAUUGUGGUGUUGUGUGGUUUGUAAGUGUGUGGUGUGGUGUGUGUAAGUGUAGGCAGGUGUUGUAGUGUUCAUUCAUUCAUUCAUUCAUUCUCUCAUAAGUAUUGUAUUACUCAUGUCAUGUGAUGUCAUGUCAUGUCAUGUGUUGUGUGUGUUGUGUGGCUUGCUCUGCUCGCUCACGUGCACCGUACGGGUACAUACAUACAUUUUGUGAAGGGUUUGUGGUGAGAGGGGAGGGCAAGGGGAGGGGAGGGGAGGGGAGGGGGUGUGAAGAGGAACAGGGGGAAGGGGAGAGACGCAAGAGCAAUGUCAAAAGGAGAGACGCAAGAGCAAUGUCAAAAGAAUAUGAGUGUCCACCAAUGUCAGUCAUGUCUAAUGAGCGAGCGAGGGGGGCGGGGGCUCUUCUGUCCAUAUCUGCCUGUCUGUCUAGUCCAUAUCCUCAUCUGUUUAUCUCUAUCUCUAUAUAUCUGCCUACCUGCCUGUCUGCCUGCCUGUCUGAUCUCACUUUCCUUGUCUUGUCUUAUCGCAUCUGGUGUCUAGUUGGUGUGACGUCCUCUCCUCCUUGAGUGCUCGUGCGUUGCGUGCCGUGUCUCUAGUCCAUUUGAGUUUUUUGGGGUGACGUGAGGUGGAUGGAUGAGUCCAUCCGGGCUGUCGGGUCGAUCACUAGUAGGCCAGAGAGACAGAGGAGAGGAGAGCAGAGGAGAGAGAAGAGGACAGCAAGAGAGACAGAGGAAAGAUGUGGCCGGGAUGGGUGGGUUUUUGUCAUGUAGAACACGGCAAAGAAUGUGUGUGGUGUCGGGCGGGAUGGCUGGCUGGCUGCGUACGGUCCUGUACCUAAUCGAAUCGUGUGCAUAGCGUAGUUGCUCACCUCAGCUUAGCUUUGCUUAGCUAGGGACGUAGGACGUGUUCACUCACUCACUCACUCACACUCACACUCACACUCGCUCGCUCAGUUGCUACUCGCCUGCCCCGGAAUUUGCGCCAUCCAUCCAUCCACCAGAGAGCGAUGGAUUCCACCCCCGCCCCCUCCCCACCAUCCCAUCCACACAUGUACGUGAAACAUAGGUGGAUAUGUUGACCCCGUGACACGUACCUAUCGCACGCACAGCCCAGCAGCCCGCUCAGCAAAUAUCUUAGUUUCCGCAUACUCGCCCUCGGUCAGUCGCUCCCUCGCUCCCUCGGACGGGUUUACACUUUCUGGUUUGAUUUCGAUGCUGUCAGUUUUCCUCUUAUGGAACUCACAUCCAUCACCUCACUCACUCUCUGCUGGUAUUUUUGUAAG